CGGCAGGCCGCAUUACACAUUUCAAAUAUGGCGUCCCCCACUUAGGCAGCGCCGUGGUUUCUAUCCUAGCUGGCCGGGGGCAGUGCUGAGCUAGGGCAGUUGUCUAUUUCUGCCGGGCUUCAGAAAACAGUUAAAGUUCGUUUCUGGUCACAGCUCCAGGAAUCCAUCCUCCUCUGAGGGUCAGGAGUCGCCUCUUCCUUCUAGUCCCUGCAAGUUCCUCCUCUGUCCCUGGUUUGUUUCCCGCUCUACCUCCGGACAUCCUGAAGCCCCUGACACUCCCAGACUCAAAAUUAUGGGCCUUUGGCAGCUGCUGAUGCGCUUGCCCCACUGUCUCGGGGCCUCGGGUCCCCCGCGUCGCCUGUGGUGGUCCCCGUCCCUCGGCAACAUCUCCUCGGUGGGCUCCUGGCGUGGUCAGCCUUCCAAGUGCCCGGCCUAUUGGAACCAAGUAGUGUCAGAGGCGGAGAAGAUCGUGGGCUAUCCCACGUCCUUCAUGAGCCUCCGUUGCCUGCUGAGCGACGAGCUCAGCAACAUCGCUAUGCAGGUGCGGAAGCUGGUGGGGACUCAGCACCCUCUGCUUACCACAGCCAGGGGGUUUGUUCAAGACAGCCGGAAUAACCUCCAGUUGAGGGGCUUGGUGGUGCUACUUAUUUCUAAAGCAGCUGGGCCCAGCAGCGUGAAUGAUUCAUGUCAGAACUAUGACAUGGUCAGUGGGAUCUAUUCAUGUCAAAGAAGUUUGGCAGAGAUCACAGAACUUAUCCAUACUGCUCUCCUUGUACAUCGUGGGAUAGUAAAUUUAAAUGAAUUGCAAUCUUCUGAUGGGCCACUGAAAGACAUGCAUUUUGGAAAUAAAAUAGCUAUCCUGAGUGGAGACUUUCUUCUAGCAAAUGCCUGCAAUGGACUAGCUCUGCUACAGAACACCAAGGUUGUGGAACUUUUAGCAAGUGCCCUUAUGGACUUGGUACAAGGAGUAUAUCAUGAAAAUUCUACUUCAGCAAAGGAAAAUUAUAUCACAAAUGACAUUGGAAUAUCGGCUUGGAAAGAGCGGGCUUUUCUCUCUCACGGUGCCUUAUUAGCAAAGAGCUGCCAAGCUGCAAUGGAAUUAGCAAACCAUGAUGCUGAAGUUCAGGAUAUGGCGUUUCGGUAUGGGAAGCACAUGGCCAUGAGUCAUAAGAUAAAUUCUGAUCUCCAGCCUUUUAUUAAAGAAAAGACCAGUGACUCCACGACUUUUAAUCUAAACUCAGCUCCAGUAGUCUUACAUCAGGAGUUUCUUGGAAGAGAUUUGUGGAUUAAGCAGAUCGGAGAGGCUCAAGAGAAAGGAAGAUUAGACUAUGCUAAGUUGCGAGAAACAAUCAAAGCUGGCAAAGGUGUGACUUCAGCUAUUGACCUGUGUCGUUACCAUGGAAACAAGGCACUGGAGGCCCUGGAGAGCUUUCCUCCCUCGGAGGCCAGAUCUGCUUUAGAAAACAUUGUGUUUGCCGUGACCAGAUUUUCGUGACACCAAAUUAAAAAGACACUGUUGUUCAUUAGGUGGAAAAAUUGAGGAAUGAGGUGAUCGGGAAAGCUUUCAUAAUGAAAUAUCUAAAUUUGUUAAUGACUUUAAAAACCUACACAUUUUUUCCUUCCUUUUAUCACGUUGUUAAAUGAAUACUGCCUUCUUUUUGGAACUGUUACAAACAAAAUUAGAAAGAAAAAAGGUCAAGCAGUUUUUACUUGUCACGCCAGAAGCACACUUGAGGCCGCAGUAGCAGAAAUAAUUAAUGAGAUUCGCUCCUGUGACCUCAGCAAAUGGACAGGAAAUAGGUCCUUAUUGAUUGGACCAGGCAGGGACGGCGCCAGGGCGGUGGCCUGCGGUUUUCCUUCCAGAGAGGACCGAGCAAGCUGGAAGCUGCAGGUGUCAAGGGGAACACUGUCGAUGCCUGCCAGGGGGGACUGUCAAAGCAAAAGCUAGUGAUUAAGAAAAAAAAAUGUGCUUUGUCUUCUUGCAGUUGUGUCUCUGUAUUUAUAGAUACAGUGUGAAUAUACUUUGUGUUUCAUAUUUUUGUAAGAUUUGGGGAGGGGGAGUAUCUGGGGAAAAAAUGCCGAUUAUUUGAAGUAGGAAAUUAAAAUGUUAUCAAAUGUUAA